GUGACCUGAGGCCACGGGCUUGGGCUGGCGGGUUGGUGGCAGGGCAGGGCAGGUCCCAGGGCCCUGUCUGUCACAUCCCCCCGUGUCCCCUGCUGUGUCCCACCAGCAGCAUCACCCCACCUGACCCCUGGCUGUCCCUGCAUCCCCAGGUCACCCCGGGGUCUGGCCAGGUGGGGAGACCCAGCCCAGCGCAGUCAGAUAAUGCCAUGGAGGGGGGGGCUCAGCAGAACAGCCUCUGGGAGCCCCCCGAGCAGGAUGGGGGUCCCAGUGAGCGGGACGCGGGUGAGGGGCCACCCGAGGUCAAGCGCUCCCAGCCGCUCUUCAUCCACGGCAGCAGCCGGCAGCUGCCACAGGAGGAGCCACGAGCGUCGUCACUGCCCAGCAUCCCCAACCCCUUCCCCGAGCUCUGCAGCCCCUCCAACUCACCCAUCCUGAGCAGCCCGGCCCUGGGACAGGGACCCCCCCGCGAGGGCACCUCCCACGUGGUGAAGGUGUUCGGCGAGGAUGGCGCGUGCCGCUCGCUGGAGGCGUCGGCAGGGACCACGGCGCGGCAGCUCUGCGAGACCCUGGUGCGCAGGACGCGGGCGCUGCACGACCACAGCUGGGCCCUGGUGGAGCUGCACCAGCACCUGGCCCUGGAACGCUGCCUGGAGGACCAUGAGUCGGUGGUGGAGGUGCAGAGCUCCUGGGCCCCAGGCGCCGACAGCCGCUUUGUGUUCCGCAAGAACUUCGCCAAGUACGAGCUCUUCAAGAGCAACGCGCAGUCACUGUUCCCUGAGGUGAUGGUGUCCAGCUGCCUGGAGGCCAAUAAGAGCAUGGCACACUCCGAGCUCAUCCAGAAUUUCCUCAACUCCGGGAGCUGCCCCGAGGUCCAGGGCUUCCUGCAUCUGCGGGAGGCCGGGCGCAAGGUCUGGAAGCGUUUCCACUUCUCCCUGCGCCGCUCAGGGCUCUACUACUCCACCAAGGGCACCUCCAAGGACCCCCGGCACCUCCAGUACUUUGCUGACCUCACCGAGUCCAACAUCUACUACGUGACGCAGGGCAAGAAGCUCUACGGGACCCCCACCGAGUUUGGCUUCUGCAUCAAGCCCCACAAGGUGCGGAGCGGCGUGAAGGGCCUGAAGCUGCUGUGCAGCGAGGACGAGCAGAGCCGCAGCUGCUGGAUGGCCGCGUUCCGGCUCUUCAAGUAUGGGAUGCAGCUCUACUGCAACUACCAGCAAGCGCAGGCACGGCUGAGCCAACCCCCCUGGAUCGGCCCCACACCCCUGCGAAGCGUCUCGGAUAAUGCACUGGUGGCCAUGGACUUCUCGGGGUGCACGGGCCGGGUGAUCGAGAACCCCAGUGAGGUGCUGACUGCGGCCCUGGAGGAGGCACAGGCCUGGAGGAAGAAGACGACACACCGGUACAGCCUGCCCGCAGCCUGCCACAGCUCCCCACUCAGCGCCGCCAUCCACCGCACCCAGCCCUGGUUCCACGGGCGCAUCUCCCGGGAGGACACCCAGCAGCUCAUCGGCCGUCAGGGCUUGGUGGACGGGGUCUUCCUGGUGCGGGAGAGCCAGAGGAACCCCAAGGGCUUCGUGCUGUCCCUGUGCCACCUGCAGCGCAUCAAACACUACCUCAUCCUGCCGAGCGAGGAGGAGGGUCGGCUCUACUUCACCAUGGACGACGGGCAGACGCGCUUCGCCGACCUCAUCCAGCUCGUGGAGUUCCACCAGAUCAACCGCGGCAUCCUGCCCUGCAAGCUGCGGCACUACUGCACCUGCGUGGCCCUCUGAGCCAUGGCACGGCACCACUGUGAGGGUUUGCCACAGCCUGGCACCACCGGCAUGGCAGGGUUUGGCUCAUUCUGGCACUGCCAGCAUGGCUUGGCACAGUCUGACACUGCUGGCAUGCUUUGGCUCACUCUCACUGCCGACAUAGCACGGCUUGAUGCAGCCUGGCACCACCGGCACGGAACGGCUCGGCACAGCCUGGCACCACUGGGAUUGUUUGGCACAGCCUGGCCCUGCUGAUGCGGCACAGCUUGGCACAGCCCAGCACCACCAGCGCAGUUUGGCACAGCUGGG